AUCAAUUGCUUCUUCACAGCUUGCUUGCCAAUCCCUUGAUUUGUGAACAAUGGCUUACCAACGCAUGAACCUUGUCUUUAUUCUUGCCCUAUUCACCACCUUGGGGACUUUGGCUUCUCAAGCCACAUCCCGAGCAUUGUGUGAAGCUUCAAUUGCUCAAAAACAUGAGCAAUGGAUGGCAAAGCACGGACGCGUUUAUCCCGAUAAUGCAGAGAAGCAACGGCGCUGCGACAUCUUCAGCAAGAAUGUUGAAUUCGUAGAGAAGUUCAACAAUGAAGGGAAUAAGUCUUACAAGUUGAGCAUCAACAAGUUUUCUGAUAUGACCAACGAAGAAUUCUUGACACAUCAUACCGGAUACAAAAUUCCCACCACCUUAAGUUCAACCUCUUCCGAUUUUAGCUACCAAAGUUUGGCUGCUACUGGUAUUCCAGCUAGGGUGGACUGGAGGGAACAACAGGCUGUCACCCCCAUAAAGGAUCAAGCUAGAUGCGGCGCUUGCUGGGCAUUUACAGUAGUAGCAGCUGUGGAAGGGCUAACCAAAAUCAAAACUGGCCGGUUGAUCUCACUCUCCGAGCAGCAACUUGUGGACUGCGAUCAUCAGAGCUCUGGGUGCAUGGGUGGUAGCUUACUAUCCGCCUAUUCCUACGUAAUACAAAACGGAGGACUCACUCGUGAAGAAAAUUACCGAUACCAGGGCACGGACAAGGGAACAUGCGACACUAACAAGGAAAGUCAGCAUGCUGCACACAUCACUGGUUAUGUACGCGUCCCUUCCAAUAGUGAAAACGAUCUACUCAAGGCUGUGUCCAUGCAACCAGUCUCGAUUGGCAUUUCUGCUUAUGGAAUGGACUUCCAGCACUACAACAUCGGGGUGUUCUCCGGCAGUUGUGGGACAAACCUCAACCACGCCGUCACAGCCAUCGGCUACGGGACAACUGCAGGUGGAAUCCCCUAUUGGUUAAUAAAGAACUCAUGGGGCACGGAUUGGGGUGAAAGUGGGUAUAUGAGAAUUCUUAGAAACAGUAAUUCCCCACAAGGUAUGUGCGGCCUUGCUAUGAAUAAUUUUUAUCCGACUGCAUAAGUCUACGUAUAAUCUUCAAACCUAUAACAGCUGCAGGCAGAAGAGCCUUCCUGUCUAGCUGACCACUCCCCUUUUCCAUAUCUAAGCAUGCACUUCUAAAUUCUGCAUUUCUGCUAUAUAUAUGUUUGGUGCUGAAAACGCCUGUAUUUUGUACCCCAGCAUAUUUGCUUAAAUAAGUUCCAUUCAAAAAGACAAUCCUACCUUUGCUUUCAAGGCAGCUCUUGUUUCAAUAUAGGAAGAUCCUAUUGGAGGAACGUGAGUGUGAAGUCGAUCAUUUGUGAUCAUUACAUAUUGCAAGAUAUAGGCAAAGUACUUGUAUAUUCCUUGGCAAUAUAUAAGUUACUUGGAAUAUGCAUGAGAAAGAACUUUUAUUUUUA